CGAAUUAUCUCCAAUCCUGAUUCUAUGAACAGUUAAUCGUGAACCGUGUUUAUUGUGCGCAAUGUGCAUUACCGCAUGCUGGUACGUGGCAUGUUAUACUGAAGACGGAAACGUGACAUGAUAUGCCGAAACGAGGUGAUCGAAGACCCAGACAGCAUAUUGUUGCGGGGUUGCGCGGAGUAUACAGUGGAGUGCGUGGUACUAUGCGUCGACUCAGCAUGCGGAACAAGCGUAGAAAAUCAGAGACGAUGAGCGGUAGCGAGUCGGAGGAAAAUGGCGGCAACGUCGACAACGGCAAAGACGAGACGCAGAAGACCGCCGCCGCCGGCAGGAAUAAUCACAACGCUACGUCCGAGACGGCUACGAGCCCUGCUAUGCGAAAGUCCGCCAUGAAGAGGCGCUCGCGCGGCACAGCGCAGCAGAAGCACGCGGAUAACAGCGGCGAUGUGAAGGACGAGCUGAAGGAGGAGCUGGAGGAACGGGAGAACGGUGAGAAGACGAAGCCAUCGCCAAACAAGCGCAAGAGGAAGGAGGACCAGAAGGCAUCCACCUCGGCGCGCGAGGAGACCGGCGAGGAAAAUGAGUACGAGGUGGACAUGAUCGUCGGCCAUCGUACCAUUAAAGGUCGUCGACAAUUUCUGAUACGGUGGAAGGGUUACAGUAACGCUUCUGACUCUUGGGAAAAUGAGAAGGAUCUAAGUUGUCCCAAGUUGAUAGAGGAGUUUCUGGCGAGUGAGAAAGAAAGCAAACCGGCAAAAACAAAGACGACCAAAACUGACAAAUCUAAAAAAGCUAGAGGUAGUUCUAAGAAACAAACGGAACAUGAAGAUUUGGAUGUCACAGAGGAACCAAAAGAAAAAGAGAGCUUAAAAGAAUUUGAGGUGGAGAGAAUUAUCGAGGUACACUUUAAGAAAAAUGGCAAAAGGGAAUUCUUGAUCAGAUGGAAGGGGUUCAGUGCGACAGACGACACAUGGGAGCCAGAGGAGAAUCUCAAUUGCCCAGAACUGAUCAACAAGUUUAUGCAAAAACUCGAGAAAAUGAAGACCGCGGACUUACGGGAACUCAGGACGAAUCGGGCACACACUAAACGGUACACCUUAUCGACACGCGACUCUGGGAGAAGAUUAUCUCGACGUCACAUGGACAAGCAAAGGGCAACCUACCACGAAUGCGACGAAUGAGGAAGCACAUCGUCACACGCGGUCCCAGUAUCUUUAUUCUAUUCAAAGAAUUUACUUUCUACAUAUAGUCCGUAGUUUUACAAGAAAGAAAGAGAAAGAAUGGAAGGCGUUUUAAGGAUGAAAACAAAAAAGAAUAUAUCAAAAACGUGAAUAAGUUACGAUAUACGAUACUAAAAACUAUGAAUAUAUGAUGUGCAUAUACUCCAUUUGAGGAGUGAACGCGUCCAGGAAUGAGAAGAAAGGGUGAUUGGUCUAUAUACGCAUUUUGCUGUCUGCUUUAGAUACUUUUUUUUUUCGUUUAAAAGAAAACUUCAUUAUUGCGCACGAACUUUUUCAACGUAAUACUAUUCCCCGUAAAGAAAGAGAGAAAAGGGGUGCAGGGGAAGGGAAUAAAAAUAAUUUUGUUUCUACUUCUGUAAAAUAUUACAGCAGUCGAGAGGAACGAUUUCCAGAGCCGUACUUACCUUUUUUCGGAUAAGUACAAAAACGAAUGAAUUUUUGACGGCUAUUAUAAUGAAAUUAUUGUUAUAAGUAAUAUUUGUAUCCAAUUUAACAGGCGCGACAGUAUGAUCCCAAUGUAGUUAUACAUAAUAGUCCAGAAGGAUUGGUAGGAUCUAAUUUUUUUUCUCUGUGUCACCGUUUAUUGCGGUACAGCGAAUGCGUAGUGCAUUAGGUAGAUAAGCAUGUGCGUAGUAUCAUAGACGAGUACGGUCCUGGUAAUGUUUUUAUUCGCGCAAAGUAAUACAGCAAAUAAUGUGCACAGAAAAGUAUAACAAGUAAUUUUAUUCAAGAUAUAAUUGUAUCCCAUUGAUAUCAUUUCAUGUGUGAAACAACUAGCGUAUUCGCCUGUCAGGGAAAAAAAAACGACAAAAAUAAAUACUUGAACUUUACGUGAAA